UCAAUUUUGACUCCAGCAGAGCGAGUGAGGUGUGAUGUUUCCUGUUGCUAAUGUGACUGUCAGUGAUGUGUUUCAGUGUGUGCCGCUCAUGACUGCAUCGAGUGAACACCUGGGAGACUCAGGAGUGAAGCACACUCGCACCAGAACUGAAGAUGCAUCAGGGACGCCUGCGCUUACGGCCGUGGCUGGAGGAACAGAUCGAUUCGGGCAGAUACCCUGGAGUCGUGUGGCUAGACAAGUCAGCCAGAGUUUUCCAGAUUCCCUGGAAACAUGCGGCCCGACACGGCUGGAACAUCGAGAAGGACGCGACUCUGUUCCGAAACUGGGCGAUGCACACAGGGAGAUACAAACCUGGCAUAGACAAACCCGAUCCCAAGACAUGGAAAGCAAACUUCCGAUGCGCACUCAAUUCCCUGACGGACGUCAAAGAGCUUCAGGACAAAAGUAUCAAGAAGGGCCACAAUGCUUUCAGAGUUUAUAUUCUCCUUCCACACAGCAAAACAAUAAAGAGACGCAAAGCAUUACGGUGUUUGAAACCGAUAGUAAAGCAGCGUCGCCUCACCACCGACACAAAGGACUUACCGUUGGAGAGAUUUACAGGUACUUACCAAUAA